UGAAGGCGCCCCCCUCACCGGAGGAGGCCUUGCUGAGAAAGACAAACAGCAACGAGACACGCUAACGAACAGCCGGAGAAGAUGAAGAAGUGUGCGUCUGAGCUGGAGCUGGAGGCCUUCAUACGGGAGCACCUCACCGGCGCCCACGUCGAUGCCGAGCGGGACAGUCCGGUCUACCCUGGGCAAGGCGCCGUGUUCUCCCCCGGCGGCGGCCUGCCGGGCCUCUGCUUCGGCGACUCGGUUCCUCCUGUGCUCAAACAGAACGCCCAGGGGCUUGAAGGGAGCAACGCCGGCCACUCGUGGUGGUCCGACGGCCUCGGCACACCACACCACCACGCGGUCUCGACGACGGCAGCUGUCUCCGCUAGCCCGAGGGGAACAAUUUCAGGGAACCAGGCUCUCGAAAGCGAGUCGGACUCUGAUAGCGAGUCAAUGCUCAACACAGAGGGAGGCCGAUGCAAGCGAAGAGGAAAAUCAUCAGAUACUAGGCGAAUAAGAAGGAUGGUGUCAAACAGGGAGUCAGCUCGGCGAUCGAGGAGGAGGAAGCACGCACAACUAACCGACCUCGAGUUGCAGGUCGAACAACUUAAAAGUGAAAGUGCGGCCCUCUUCAAGCAACUUACGGACGCAAACCAGCAGUUCACCACCGCGGUCACAGACAAUAGGAUCCUCAAAUCAGACGUAGAGACCUUAAGAAUCAAGGUAAAAAUGGCAGAAGAUAUGGUAGGGAGAAGCGCAGUGUCCUGCGGCCUAGGACAACAUGGGCUGGCACCAUUUCUGAACUCCAGGAAGAUGUGCCAAGCGUUGGACGUGCUCACAGCCACAGGGUUGGGUUUCCCAGGGGACAGUGCACGCUUCAGAGGUCAGACUUCGACGGUGCAAAGCACAGCGAGCCUAGAGAGCCUGGAUAACCGGAUGUCCACCGAGGUGACUAGCUGCUCUGCUGACAUGUGGCCUUAAGAUUUAACACCCAAGCAGCACCUCCCAGUAAAGCAAUAGCACAAGCGGUAAGCUGCAAAGGUACUAAACACUGAAGGGCACUAAAAGGAAACUCUGAAGGGAGUGAAACUGUCCUGUGUCCUGUGUACUGGUGGGUGGCGACUGUAUGCACAGCUGUUUAUCUGCAAGACUGAAGCCAAUCGAGGUGCCCUCUGUCUAGUAGUUCUGUAACUCCUGUCACAGAUUGCUUUCAUUCAUGCUUGUAUAGAAUGGUUAGCUAUGCAUCAGUUACUAGGUUCUUUGAUAUAGCUCUGAUGUACUGCAUCGGUGCAAAAUAACAGCUGUUGGCUGUUCCGACGAAACGAUGCCAACCUCAACACUUGAUCAUACUCAGCUUCCAGCUCAAAAAGAGCUUCUGUUUGUCCAAAACUGCGAAAGCAGAGUGGAAUGUAAAUCAAAUAUCCUUGUAAUAAUUAAAAUAACCACUAUUUUAAGUAA